AUGGUAUGGACAACCAGCUGCCUGCUGCGCCUGCCGGCCAGUCUGUCUCCAACGAGGCUGCCCGUACUCUUUGGAUGGGGGACCUCGAUACUUGGAUGGACGAGUCUUUCGUGAAGUCUCUCUUCCAGAACCAGACUGGUGACAUUGUCAACGUGAAGAUCAUUCGUGAUCGCAACUCUGGCAACGCUGGCUAUUGUUUCGUCGAGUUCCCUGGACCUGAGGCCGCUAACAAGGCUUUGUCUCUGACUGGAACCCCCAUCCCGGGUUCCAACGGCAAACACUUCAAGCUCAACUGGGCCUCCGGUGGUGGUCUCGUGGACCGACGUGACGAUCGCGGCCCCGAGUUCUCGAUCUUCGUCGGUGACCUUGGUCCUGAGGUGACCGAGUACGUCUUGGUCUCUCUGUUCCAGGCGCGCUUCCCUUCGUGCAAGAGUGCUAAGAUCAUGACCGAUGCCAACACCGGCCAAUCUCGUGGUUACGGCUUUGUCCGCUUCUCCGACGAGGGUGAUCAACAGCGUGCUCUGAUGGAAAUGCAGGGCGUAUACUGCGGUAACCGACCUAUGCGAAUCAGCACCGCCACGCCUAAGCAGCGUCGAAACCAGCAGCACCCUUACGGAAACGGCGGAGGUCACGGCGGUCCCAUGAUGGGCAAUCCCAUGCAGCCAGUUGGCUGGGGCAUGCAGCAAGCCCCCGCCCCCUUUUAUCCCAACAACGGCUAUGGACAGAUGCAGCCGACUGGGCAGAUGAACCAGUUCACCGACCCCAACAACACGACUGUCUUUGUUGGCGGUCUCUCUGGCUACGUGACUGAGGACGAGCUCCGCUCUUUCUUCCAGGGCUUCGGCGAGAUCACAUAUGUCAAGAUCCCCCCUGGCAAGGGCUGUGGCUUUGUCCAGUUCGUUCACCGCCACGCUGCCGAGAUGGCCAUCAAUCAGAUGCAGGGCUAUCCGAUUGGCAACUCCCGUGUCCGCCUGUCUUGGGGACGUUCUCAGAACAAUUCUGGCGUGGGUACUCCAUACCGUCCUGCCCCUCCUCCCCCCCACUACGGUGGUGGUCCCCCGGGUCCCUACGGCCCUCAUCACUUCGGUGGUGGCUUCGGCGGCAACCCUCCGCCUCCUCCUAUGGCGGUACGUUUGUUGAGCUCGCCCUGA